CCUCGUGCAGCAAACCCGAUUGGAAAUCCCGCAUUCCCGGGCAGGACAUCGACAGGAGGCAAGAACUGGAUAGGCUACAUGGUAUCCGACUUCAACCACACGCUCACUCUUGCCUAUGGCUUCGCAAGCUCUGGCGCUGUGGUGGACCCUCGCCUGGUUAAGCCAUAUCCUAGACACGCUUAUUGUUUCCAGCAUCAGAUCAGACAUUUCAACACGAGCAUCGGCAACAGACCUGACUAUGCCCCGUGGAAUGCUGACAACGCCGUCGCCGCCAUUUGGUUCGGUGUCAACGAUGUUCGACUGUCUUUCGAAAGGAAGAACAUAAAAAAACUCAUGAAAGCAACUGUGAAGCAACUAUUCGAGUUUACUCAUGAAUUACACAAGCUGGGGCUUCGGCAAUUUGUCUUCCUGGAAGUGCCUCGUGAGUUAUACCCCAUACGUCUUAUGGACGGGCAUGCUAAACAGACACCUAGCGCUUGA